AUGGCGCCACCCGACAACCACCAUCCCUCGACACGAUUUAGCCUUGUGCCUUUGAACGACCGGGCAAAGGCGGCAACGGCGCACCCAAACAACGCCUACAUUGCGCGAAAAUCGGACGACGGAAAAAUUGUCCUGGAUAUCUGGCGUGUUCUCUCGACGUCCGGUGAUACCACUCUUGCGACAUUAGGACGUACCGGAGAUGUGUUUGUGGAAGGCAGCAACAUAUCGAGAAUACAGUGCUCUUUUGAAGUUCACCCGGACACCGGUCUCGUCAUGUUUCAAGACCGGUCGCGGAGUCACACCACUCAAGUUUUCGGUGAAAAUGUUAUCCAAUUUGCACAUGGCCGCCCGCGGAAGGUCGUUUUGUUUAACGACACUCAGACGAUUAUUGGAUUCGGUGGCGAGCAUCAGGACUCGGUGCAAUUUGAGGUAAAAUGGCUCCAUGAGGCGCCCCAGAGAGAGAUGGCUCUGGCCGAGGAGCGGGAGCAAAAUCCCAGACAGGCCCAGACUAUUGACCAAGAUAACACGGCCUUGCCCUCGCAACGCCAAACCAGAAUCCACGCGAGCCGGCUCUCGGAGCCCAAGUUGAGAUGGCGAUCCGCUGGAGAGGAACUCGGUAGGGGAAGGUCGAGCGUUGUCUUCAAGGCUGUUAACUGUGACACCGGAAAUUUCUUGGCGGUGAAGGAGUUUAAUCAUGUCGCUUCCGCUGAACAGCGGGACAGGUUGAAGAGAGAAGUGGAGAUUCUCUCCUCGAUGAGCCAUGCUCACGUCGUGGACUAUAUGGGGAUAGAGGACUGCAAUGGAUUCCGACCGAAAAUCUUCAUGGGCCUCAAGGAUGGGUGUUUGGUAUCACUGGCUAAGGAAGAGUGUUCCUCCCAACUAGCCUUGGACGUUUUUCGCCAGAUGUUGGACGCCCUUGACUUUCUAAAGAAAAAGGACAUCAUCCACCGUGACCUCAAGCCCCAGAAUAUCCUUUACGUUCGCCGAUCGCCAUCUGACCCAAGCGGUGGGUAUCGCUUUGAGUUGGGCGAUUUCGGUUUUGCCAUCCGUGCCACGACGGCCCGGGGGGAUGCAGGUACCCCCAUCUAUAUGGCGCCAGAGAUAGUUCGAGGAGAGCCGCAGUCGCAUAAAGUGGAUGUUUGGUCACUUUUCGUGACCAUGUUAUGGUUGUGGGAUUUCGAUGGGUUUCGAAACAAGUCGUGGGAGUUAAUGACACGUAACAUGGUUCUGGAUCACAUUCUCGGCAUCUCGGAGAAGCCUCUUCCCAUGGCUAUUUCCGCAAUGGCCGCCGAAAACCCAGCGGAGCGUGUCUCUGCCGCGGAUAUGCUUCGCAUGCUUCCAACUCUCACCAAGAAUGUGGCACAGACCGACUCAGACCCUCCGGCCUCCCGGCCGGGUUGA